UUCAUGGGUGUGGUGAUUAGCCUGCUUGGUGAAAAUUUCAGUCAAAUCCGAUCCGAGCGGCUGCUGCUCACUUCUGACCCUCAAAGCGGAUUUAAACUGUGGAAAUUAACGCGGCUCCUCUCCACGGUUUCUCCCCCCACCUCUCUCUCUCUUCCCCCCCACCAGCCGACGCCAUGGUUGUCUUGUGAAAACACCUCGGUGCGACUCGGACGGGAGGAACGGGACUGAGACAGAACGCCUCUUUUUUUUUUCAGGUGUCAGCUGGUGACGGGUUUGUAUGUGUGUGAGUGAGUGAGUGUGUGCGUGCGCGCGUGUGUGUGUGUGUGCAAGCAGGCGCGUGUGUUUCUUCAACCCAGCCGGUGUUUAAGAGGGGAGUGUGUCCUGAACGCGUCUCACAGGGACAAUGAGUGAGCUGGAACAGCUGCGGCAGGAAGCCGAGCAACUACGCAAUCAGAUCCGGGAUGCCAGGAAAGCCUGCAGUGAUUCCACCCUGUCACAGAUCACAGCUGGUCUGGACUCGGUGGGCCGGAUACAGAUGCGGACGCGGCGCACUCUCAGGGGACACCUGGCCAAGAUAUAUGCAAUGCACUGGGGGAGCGACUCCAGGUUACUGGUCAGUGCCUCGCAGGAUGGAAAACUGAUCAUCUGGGACAGCUACACAACAAACAAGAUGCACGCCAUCCCGCUGCGUUCUUCCUGGGUGAUGACGUGCGCCUACGCCCCCUCUGGUAACUACGUGGCCUGCGGAGGUCUGGAUAACAUCUGCUCUAUAUACAACCUGAAGACCCGCGAGGGCAACGUGCGGGUCACCCGAGAGCUACCUGGACACACAGGUUAUUUGUCUUGCUGUCGCUUCUUGGACGACUACCAGAUACUAACCAGCUCCGGAGACACCACCUGUGCAUUGUGGGACAUCGAGACGGGCCAGCAGGCCACCUCCUUCUCCGGCCAUACGGGCGACGUGAUGAGCCUGUCUCUUAGCCCAGACGACAGGACGUUUGUGUCAGGGGCGUGCGACGCCACCUCCAAGCUGUGGGACAUCCGCGACGGCAUGUGCAGGCAGUCUUUCACCGGCCACGUGUCUGACAUCAACGCUGUCUGCUUUUUCCCCAACGGGAACGCGUUCGGCACAGGCUCGGACGACGCCACCUGCAGGCUGUUUGACCUGCGCGCCGACCAGGAGCUGAUGAUGUACAGCCACGACAACAUCAUCUGCGGCAUCACCUCUGUGGCUUUCUCCAAGAGCGGCCGCCUGCUGUUAGCCGGCUAUGACGACUUUAACUGCAACGUGUGGGACACGCUGAAAGGGGACCGAGCAGGCGUUCUCGCAGGCCACGACAACCGAGUGAGCUGCUUAGGAGUGACAAACGACGGCAUGGCCGUGGCCACCGGCUCCUGGGACAGUUUCCUGCGGAUCUGGAACUAAAACUGAACGCCUUCGCCUGAUGUACUCAAUCACUGCCCCCGCCACCUUGGGUCUGCGGCCCUGACUCGUCCACCGGGCCAGACCUGAAGGAGCGCAAUCGGAACGCCCUUCUCAUUCCUCCAAGAAAAAGACACUCAACGUAUUUUUUAUUUUUUUUUUCCCCACCCGGCUAUCAUGGAGCAACAAAAUCCUCUUUAUAAAAAGUUGACCGAUUUUAAACCAAGAAAUUAUUUCAAAUGGGGAAACAAAACUUUUAUUUUCUUUUUCUAAAGGGCAUUUACGUGCAUCUACGGCUAUGGGUACAAAACAAAAUUAGUAUCUGUGUAAUAUGUAAAUGUAUAUAUAAAGGCAGUAUAUAUGUAUAGCAUUAUGUGUGUAUAUAUGCAUCAUAUAUGCAUAUAUAAUGUGUGUAUGUAUAUAUUUUUGUAGUUCAUUUGCCACUUGAGGUAUUUUUGUUGCUUUUCCUUUUGUUUUUUUUUUGUUUUACUAUAAAUAGACGUACUUGCAGAACUGCAGAAUACCAGAAAUGUUAUUAGCAAACCUAAAAAGACAAAUCUAAGCAAGGCUAAUCCCUCGGUUACGAGUCAAAAUUUAGCCUGGCUAAUUUUUUUAUUUUUUAUUUUUUUUCCUCCAGCAUUUUUUGGCUCAAACAUUCGUUGGUUUUGGGAGGGAAUCGUAAGACUGUGAAUUCAGGAGGAGCGUCAAUCUUAAUCGUUGUUGUGUGUGGAUCGAGCUUUAACUCCAAAGUAGAGUCUGUCAAAGGUCAGGCUAGGUUAGGGUCGGCGGACAAAAGGACCCUUGGCCUCCAUUUUGGCCGCGGCUCUUCUGGAUCGGUGGUUUCAGGUCCUGCGGCGCCGAAUGUCGGGACAGCCGCGUCCAUUGGUCGUGACGGCCCUACCUCACGUGGUCUGCUGAAGAUUCGUCUUUCCUUCAACGUCGGGACAAGCUGCGGUCAUUGACAGAAAGCGAAACGGCGACAGAAGUACAAGCCAAGGCCGACCUGACGCCGUCGGGUCUGGGUGACGGGAGUUUCCAGGAGCUUCUUGUUGGGACCGUAACGGACUCUGUAGCAGCCUGCAGGAACCCGAGCUCGCCGCGUCAGCUUAUCAUAGAAGGACUGAACUCCCCUUUUUAUCACGAGCGACGGAAAAGAUUCUGGCCCCUUCGAAAUCACACCAGUGCCAUAGCAAGCCUGCUACAAAAAAAAAAAAAAAGAGGACAUGUUUUUUUUUUUCUUCUUCUGAGAUUAAGACUUUUAAGUAUUUUUUUUUUCUCACCAAAAAAAAACACAAAAAAACAUCUAAUAACCUUUUUAAUCUAACUAGUGAAGAACGUACACCUAAUAGAGAGCUAGACGCGCACUCACAAGCAGUAGUACAGAAGUGAGCCAUGGUGAUAAUUAAGGAGGUUUCUCGCUCUCCAUCCUGCAUUCAAACAGCUUAAAACAAAAGCCGUGUGUGAGUUGGACCUAUCCAUCAGCUGUCUCAGGGGCCUGACUCUGAAUAUAAACUUCUUUUUUUUUUUUUUUUUCUGAAGCUUGCGGACUUGGAUAAAGAAGGUUUUGUGUCGAAGGGAGAUGAGGCGCCGCCGCCGUCUCUGUUUUGCCGUAGAACGCCGCUCAUAAUGGAAGUUAAAUCUGCAUCAAUAACAGGUUUUUGUUUGGCAAACGCCUCACAGGGUUCCCGCACUGUCUGGAAUCUGACUGAAUCAUUUUCCAUUUUCCAGGUAAAUUUAGAAAAAUAAAAUGGUUCAGCCAAGAACCGUGCAUCUCCAGACAUUCUUCCCCGUUCCGUUAUUAACAUCAGAGAUGGGUGGGUGGCUUUUAGUAAAAGACAGAAAUUAGUAUUCAUCCAUCCCUCUGUCCGUCCACCCAUCCAUGCAUCAUCCCAUCCAUCCGUUUGUCCGGCCCUCAGUCCAUCCACGCCUCUCUCGCUGCAGAUGCAUCUCCCAGUUCGCCUGUCCAGCAAUUCCUCCUCUAACCAACCCAUCUAUCAGUCUCUCCAUCCAUUUAUCCGUGCGUCCACCAGCCCACCCGUCCAGCUAUCCAUCAAUCUUUAUCAGCCCGUCUGCCAGGCCGUCAAGUAACCCGUUUAUUUUAUCCGUUCGUCUGUCAGUCCAGCCAUUCAUCCAUUGAUAAGUCAAUCCAGGCGGCCGGCGUCAGAUCUGCCCCUCUGUCUGUCAUCCGCCAACCCCUUCUUCUCGUUCCGACACUCCAGCCAUCCGUCCAUCAACCUGUCCGUCCUUCAGUUCAUCAACCCUUCAGAUAAUCCAUCGGCUUUCUCUGCCAGUCCCUUCACAACGCCGUCUGUUUAUCCGUCAACCCGGCCGCGCAGACAGCCGUCCCUUUUUCCAAAUCUGUUGUUCAGCCGUCCUUUCUUUCCUCCCUUACGGCUUUGUUUCCUAGGUACCAUGCGGAAAGCCUGACCUUCAUAGCGAACGUUUUGUAUUUAUACUUGAACCACGGCUAAAAAAAAACAACUGAACUCUAGGAAAUGGAUGGGAAAGGUGGGAACCCUGUGAGGGAGACCGUUUCAUGCUUUCCAACAGAGGCGAACACUGAUGCUAGUGAACACUAAGACGCAUGCUUAAAGGAAAACCAUGUUCAGCUCCUCACCACUUUUUAUUUUUUUUAUUUUUUUAAAAAGAUAUAUAAAUCUGCUUUCAACUAACACAGUAUAGUUUGUAUUUCCUAACAAGGUUUGGUCUGCCGUCGGUUAUUUCCUCUCUUAAGAGGCGUGGCUCUGGUCAAUAUUUUUAAUUUUAAAGGUUUUAUGUGAUUCCACUUUCUGAUUUUGACUAGGCCAUCCUGAGGGAAUGUUUGUUUGAACAGCAGCGAUGGUUUGUAGGGUAUCCUGGAGUCGUGCGGGAUGUGAAAUGUCUUGGAUUUCCUUGUUGAUGUGAAGUGUGUGUGUGUGUGUGUGUGUGUGUGUGUGUGUGUUAGGUAGAGGAACGGGCGUAAUUUGAUGAUGUACAUGUGUUCCUCCAUUCAUCCGUGCCAACGUGCUCCACAGACCUUGAGCUGUGAACCGAAAACUAGUCUGUAACAUUAAAAAGACAAAAAAAAAAAAAAAAAAAAAAAAUGGCUAGCGUUACUCAAGUGCCAACCUUCUGUCAUUUUAAACGCAGUCUGCUGGCUGCUUCUGUCUCGCAGUGACUUUUUGUAACCAGAAGUGUCAUUUCCGCUUACAAGCCCGAAGGCUUCAGAUGCUCGUGUGACUGAAUGGUUUGGGUUUAAAGAGACGGCGCAUCAUUUUGGGAGUACCCACUUUCCGAUUGUUCAACCAGAAGAUGCCCGAGUUUAGGACCGGAAGGCGUUUAAUAAUGUGUUAGGGUCUAAAUUUCUUUCAACUGUGUCGGCACAUUCUUGUCGUGUUUUUUUUUUUUUUUUUUUUUUUUUUUUUUAACCAAUAUAAAAUAUAACUUGAGCUGCGUUCUUUUUCAACAGCAGUUUUUCUUGCUCUAGUGACGACUAAUGCACUAGGACUUGGUUCUGGAAGCAUAAGCAAAAGUGCAUGUUCUGUAGUGCAGGAUCAGGAUUCUUACCGCUCUGUGACGGAGUGUGAUCUAGAUAGUGGACCGUUUUUAAAUCUGAAGUGAUCUAGAGGCAUCUGCUUAGGACUUCUCCUGGUGGUGGUGCUGCUUUGGUUGGGAAGCAGAGCAGCCAGGGACACAGAUCAGCAUCUGGACCACCGUUGCUGGGCCAGAUACCGACCUGUUGGGGCUUUUGACAUUUCAGCCUCAGAGCGAAACACAUUUGGAGCGUCGGGGCAGUGAAGCAUGGGCUGGUUUGCUGAUAUCGAGGUGUAACAAAGGGCCAAAAAAAAAAAAAAAAACUUAUCAAAACUGCUAAAUAAAAUGGAUAAAUAUAAUUUCUAAAGCUUAGUCCUUUUCGUUUCCAAAGAAAUUGCCGAAGUGGGUGGAGUUUCCUCCAAUCAUGUGGGCCGUACAGUAACAUCGCUGCUAAAUAGUGCAUUUGCUGUGCACUGCCAGUCAGCUGGCUGAAAAGGUGCUACUACACCUUUUUUUUCCCUUGAUUUACAAGAAACAGCAAUGGUGUGGAAACUAAAGGAUGGCCUCUCUGUUCCUCUUAUUGAUGAACACUGGCGUUGGUAGCCCAAACCAUUACCCAGCUGGCUUUGCUCUCCCAUGUAACUCUACAAAGCGCAGGCAAAGCUAAAGAGCAUCAUAAUUAAACGUUAAAUUGAGCAAGUGCUUUUGUUGUAAUUGAAGGCAAUUGGGUCACUUUCAACAUUUCUGCUUUAGCUUUCAGGGUAAAUAUGAAAUGGUGGUCGUUUUUUUUUUUUUUUUACUCAAGGUUAUCAGGCCUUUGUACUCUUAUACCGGCUCAUGCCUAGAAGCUGCAUUAAGCUUUUCUGUUUCACCUACGCUAGGGUCUGUUUCCCAGUCGUCUGCGCCUCAGACCGUCACCCGUCAUAUCGAUCUGUACAUGUAGGGCUCCAAAGAUCCGCUUCUGGUCUGAUUCAUCAGUCACUGGGCUUUACGUCUGGCUUUCUCCGUGCCUGAAAGAUGAAAGCGAGAGUAAAGCCUACUGAGAGCGGCGUAAAUGUAACCGUGCUGAUAGAUGCUAUGUGGGUUGUGCACAUAAAGUAACUUGUUCUUCCUUAAUUCCUGCUGCACUACCUCCUUCCUCCUGUUUUCUGUGGCUUUUGGUUAAUUUUGCUGACGGAGCGAUUGGACAUUGUGAUGCCGUGUGUUUUGCAUAGCAUCGUUCAUAGCCUGGGAUUAUUUGCUAUCAUGAUGGAGAGAAGUUUUGGAGUAAAUGUGGGGAGCUGGAGGUUUCUUCCCUGAAUGUUGACGUAGCGUUGCUGCUUUUAUGCCCCCCUUUUCCUCCUAAGAGAAUUAAAAACACCAUGGCCCUUAACAGCUGGGAGAGUCCAUACGAGAUGGCGAUGGUCUCUGCGUAUUUCAGCGUCGACAGCUGGAGCCUGGGACCGUAAGACUCCCACGUGCCUGUGCAGUUCACUCAUGCAGGUGGAACAGUAAACCUGUAAAACCAACAACGGUGCUCGACUUCAUUUCACUUUUCCGUCAUUGUCGCUUCCCCCAGAUGUUUCAUUUCGAUGAGCCGGCCGGCGCGAUUCAGUCUGGAAUCGAGCUCCGGUUUAUUUUAAAUAUGACAACAGGUCGAUGUCCGUGACUCCACCGCUUUGUUUUUUUCUUUCGUUGCACUAACAUCACAGAACUGUACUGCUCCUUUGACUACAAGCCUACUGUCCUGAUACUCUGGUUUUAAUUUUAUUUAUUGUUUCGUUCUAAGCCAUUAAAGACCCGGGACUUGGUGCCAUGAUAACUCUCUCUUACAGUGCUAUUGUGUGAAAUUAGAAUCACUUAUGAGAUAAUUUUUAUAGUCUUUUUCACACACCAGACCUGUGUUUUUGUUUUGUUUUUGUUUUCUUUUGUAUUUGUACAGUGGCUUGGUGAUACUGAUAUGUUGCCAUGAGUUAUUGUAACCAAUAAAAAACUUUUAAUCAAA